CAGCGACGCUCUUACGCCCGUAUAUAAACCUGUUUGUGGUGAGGCGCGCUCAGUACAAGUUGCCACCUGACGAGGGGUAGAAAUCGUCCUGAGGAGCUUCAGCAGACAUGGCAGACAAAACGGCUUUGGUGCUGCUGGCAGAAGGAGCCGAGGAGAUGGAGCUGGUCAUCUCAAUUGACGUCAUGCGACGCGCAGGGAUCCGCGUGAUGGUGGCUGGCGUGGCCGGCGCCUCCCCCGUGCGCUGCCGGCGAGACACGCAGGUCGUGCCAGACGUCAGCCUGGUGGAGGCCAUGACCCACGGCACCUACGACGCCGUCGUGAUGCCCGGCGGCAUCCCGGGCGCCAAGAACCUGGCUGCGUCUCCUGAAGUUGGAUCGCUGUUAAGAGAACAAGAAAGAGCUGGCCGUUUCGUAUGCGCUAUUUGUGCUGCGCCUACAGUUCUCAAGGCACACGGUGUUGGCUACGGCAAGAACAUCACAUCUUUUCCGCCACUUAAGGAUGCCAUGGUGGAUGGCAACAAGUACAACUACAAGGAAGACAAAGUAGUCGUGGACGGAAAGCUCAUUACGAGCCGUGGACCGGGCACGGCGUUCGACUUCGCGCUGCGGAUCGUGGAGGAGAUGGUGGACAAGGAGACGGCGCUCACCGUGGCCAAGGCGAUGCUGCUGGCGUGAGGGGGCCACCCCUCAUACGUACUCAGCGCCCACGCCGAAAUACGAGGACACACACUUUGUCCACCCUCAUGUUUGAAAAUAUAGUGAUACUUCAUCGCUUCAUAUGCAUACGAAGUCAUCGUAGUUUCGGCGUGGUAGGCAAUUUAAUGGUAAUACAGAUAAUUGUAGAUAACGUUAAGAACGAGCUACCAAAUUGAAGAACUGGCUGUAAACAAUGAUUAAGGACAAGCUGGAAUUUCAAGUGCACAAAUUGUGAUUUAUUUAUUCCGGUUUGUCAUUAUUUACAGAUAUUUCUAAUGUAACGUUAUGUUCCUUAAAUUCCAAAACCUAUCCAAAGUUUUAUUCUUAAAAAUUUUUCAGUGAGUACUUGUUUGCUUGCAAAUGUAAUCAUUUACUUACCAUUGUUUACUUACUGGGCGAGUUAGCAAAACGUUACUGUGAAAUAUCUCAAAAAUAUAAAUUUAAAACGCCAAAAAAGUUUCAUUUAAUUGCAUGUGCAUUAUAAAUUUUUGCAAUAACAAAGUAUAACAACCUCAAAAACUACUCGUUUGAUUCAGCAAAAUAUAAAAUUAUUUUUAUUGUCACCUUAAUACAGCCGUAAAUGAUGAGAAGAGUGGCCUUCAACAUUUCUGUCAUCACACUCACGUAAAUUCAGGUAGACCGUGGUAAGGGAUACAGUUAACAUAGUUUACUUGCUUAAAUGACACAUGCAGUAACUCUCAUUCUCGUUGACUGUCACUUACCACUGUUUUACCAUAUGCCAGCUGCACACCAGACUUACGGAGAUGAUGUAUUCAAUAGCAAGAGAUGAUACAAGAAGUGUC